AUGGGACAACUCACUGACGCAAAAUACAAUGGGGAAAGAUGUGUAAGAACACGCAUACUGAACAUGCUGGAAAUUGAGAACAAACUGAAGGCACUGAAAGUCAAUGUGGAUGAGACCAUGAUGGUACAUUUUGCUAUAAACUCUCUGCCUAGAACUUUUAAGCGUCUUAGAAACACAUAUGUAGCUCAAAAGGAGAAGUGGACGGUAACUGAUCUCAUAAGCAUCUGUGUGCAGGAAGAACAAAAUAUGAAGAAAGAUAAGAUUGAAGAAAAGAUUAAUAUGAUUCAGAGCUUCAAAAGGGAUUUUGGAAAAGGCAAAACUGUUGGAAAGAAAAAUAAGGAAGAAAAGGAAACUAAGGGACUUAAACCAGAAGGACUCAAGUGUUAUUUAUGCAAGAAGUUUGGUCAUAUGAAGAGGAAUUGUGACAGGUACAAGCGUUGGUUGGACAAGCAAAAGGCUAAAGAUUCAUGGUGGUUAGAUAGUGGUGCAACGAGGCUGCCAAGCAAGGCUGAGAUGAAGGUGUUCGUGGGAAAUAGAGAAAGAGUCAAGGUGGAGUACAUUGGAUUAGCUAAGAUCGAGUUGAAGUCUGGUUUUAUUUUGGAGAAGCUUGUAAAAUCAAACUUGCAGUUUGAGUUUAAUGAGUCUGGAUUCUCCAGUUUUAGAAACAAAGUUAUGAUUGAUAAUGGUUUUCUAAAUGAUGGCAUGUUUCGUUUGAAUUGCAAGAAACCAAAUCCAAGCACUGCUAAUCUAAACAUCAAUCUAAUAAGCACUAAAAGAAAAGCAAAUAAAGAAGAAUCAUAUAGACUUUGGCACAUGAGACUAGGACAUGUCUCGAAUGAAAGAACGAACUUGCUAAACAAAGAAAAUCUGUUGCCACCACUUAACCACCAUGACAAUGACAACGUUUGCAUUGAAUGUGUUAAAGGAAUGUUGACUAAUUUGAGGAAGAAAGGUGCUACAAGAAGUGAGAAACUGCUGGAAAUCAUACAUAUUGACAUAUGUGGUCCUUUUCCCACUCAAACACACGAUGGUUUUAAGUAUUUCAUAACCAUCACAUAUGACUUCUCAAGAUAG